AUGUACUUCGUAGCUUCCCUCGUCCUUGCGGCCGCGGUGUCGGCAUCGCCAAUCGUCGAGCGUCAGGCCAAGACUGCCGUGCUGCCUUUGACCAGCAUCAACAACGCCAAGUCGGCCAAGAGCGUCGUCAACGCUGGCCAGGCUCGCAUCAACAAGAUCAACAACGUUCAGCACGUUGGUGCUCAACCAGACGCCAGCUCUGGCUCCAUCACCAACGAGGACGUCACCUACGUUGCUCCUUUCAGCAUUGGUGGCAAAACCUGGCAAUUGAUCGUUGACACUGGAUCAUCAAACACUUGGUGUGGCGCACAAAGUGCCUGCGAAAAGACCUCGACCGGCAAGUCCACUGGUGGCAGCGUUCAGGUCAGCUACGGCAGUGGCUCGUUCUCCGGCAACGAGUACACCGACACCGUGAGCUUCGGCGGCCUCACUGUCAGCAAGCAGUCCAUUGGCGCUGCCACUUCCAGCCAGGGCUUCCAGGGAGUUGACGGCAUUGCCGGCUUCGGCCCAGUCGACCUCACCCAAGGCACUGUCUCCAACGCGAACACCGUCCCAACCUUCCUGGACAACCUCUACAGCCAGGGAUCCAUCUCCACUGAGGUCCUCGGUGUCUACUUCAAACCCGAAUCCGGCAGCGACUCCGACGACACCAACGGCGAGCUCACGCUCGGCGGCACCGACGCCUCCAAGUACUCCGGCUCGCUCACCUACUUCCCCAAGCUCACCAGCGGCUCCGCCUCCGCCUACUGGGGCCUCGCCAUCGCCAGCUUCACCUACGGCUCCACCACGCUCACCUCCAACGCCCAGGGCAUCAUCGACACCGGCACCACCCUCAUCUACAUCCCCACCUCGGCCUACAACAAGUUCCUCUCCGCCACCGGCGGCUCCACCGACAGCAACUCCGGCCUCGCCUCCUUCAGCACCAAGCCCACCUCCAACUUCGGCAUCAAGUUCGGCUCCACCACCUACACCCUCACCCCGGCCCAGUACCUCGUCCCCCAGGCGCAGUACAGCAACUUCGGCCUCAGCUCUGGCAAGUACUACGCCUGGAUCAACGACGGCGGCUCCUCCGGCGUCAACACCAUUGUCGGACAGAAGUUCCUCGAGAACUACUACUCCGUGUUUGACACCACUAACAGCCGUAUUGGUUUCGCUACCCGUACUUAA